AAUUGUUCAUAACCUUUAUCAACAGGAACUGAUUAAACAUAGUCACACAUUUAUAUGUGACAGCUAUUUCCUUUGAAUUCUGACAUAAAAUAUAUACCUAUAUUUACAUACACAUAUAUGUAUAUAUUGUAAAAUGUUGAGAGUCAAGAUUGACUGAAUUUAACUUAGCAAAUAGAAAUGCGCAAUGUUCAAUUGGUUCGUUUGAUUUAAAUGGGUGUGUCACUUUUGAAAUUUUUCAUCAGAAGAACUUCAAUUAUGUUCAGUAGGGUCUGUUUAUUUAAUUACUUUUCAUUCAGUUGGCUUAUUCAAAAGUCAUGUUAAAUUUUUCAUACAUAUUACCGAGUUACCGUAUCAUAAUAACUGUCAUACAUUACACAAAAUGAAAAAAGGUAUAAAACAAUUGCAACAUUGAAUAUUUAUGAUGUUCUAAUAUCAUCUAAUUCUGAUAAUUCCACAAUGAAGUAAGGAUUAAUGCAUAAUAUCAUUAACAUAUUGUACCUUGUAAUAUUUGCCUUCAGAAUAAUAAGGAAUAUUUUGGUAAUUGAAUUAAAUAUGGUAAAAGUUUAUAAACUAUGAAUUGUUUAUAAACUUCAACUUUGCGAGAAUGAAUUUCUGUGAUUCAUUUUCAAUUCGAAUUGUGAAUGUGAUGCUGAUUAUAGAUGAUCCUUGUUUGUUGUUGUUUUGAACUAGUUACUCGAAGACAAGAGUAAUUUAAUAGUGUGCCAUUCUCCAUUUAUUUGCAUUUUUUUAUUCCGUUAUAUUUAUAUUCAACUGCAGAAAUACCAUUCCAAAUUUUUAUAGUUUUGCUAUAUAAAAUGUUUUCCUAACUGUGUAUUAAUUCAAAUUUUUUAAGCUAGUUGACGCUAUUUGUGAUAGGAUGUUGCACAGUUUGAACUAGGAAUUCUGGAAAAAAUCAAAUAGUCGAUGAUUUUCAGAUUUUUAAAUUGUUUACAAUAAAGUUUUACUUUUGAUAAUACUAUAGUUUACAAUAAUUUCAUUUUAAAAUUAGCUUUUGAUCGAUUGAUGUGUGAGAACAAAUAGUUUACAUUCAACCUUAAAAACUACCGGUUUGUAUCCAAAAUAUUCGGUUUGGACAUUUCCCGAUUUGAAGUAGUUUUAGUAUUUUAUAGCACAUUUCAUUAGCUAAGUAAAUAUAUUGUCAACAUUGCACCAAACAGUUUAGUUGUAAUAAUUUAUUUUGUUUUGGCGGGUUUUCUAGCCUUGGUUUAUGAUGACUAGUGAAUUCCCCACUCUAAAUUUCACAUCAAGUAAGGCUGUAAAUACGAUACUAAAGUGUUUUGCUUUUGGGUAAUAUGGUUACUCAGGAAAUAAAGUACACUUCCUGCCGGCAUCAUAUUGUUUUCCAUCAGCAUGUGAUUUUCUUAGUAGGAAAAAAUAUUAAAUUACUACCAGAAGCUGUUUCCUGUAAUAUGGCGCUAUAUUCAAUUCAGCUACGGGAGUAUAUAGGCAUUACAACACAAUGUUCUAGUAAUAAGUCCUAUGAUAUUUAAUUCACAUGUAUAAGUCUGUUAAUGCAAGUUCUUUAUACGAGUUCAUUUGGAUGGCGAUUACGUUAGUUGAAAAUAAUUUUGAUUGUUUUUUAAAGAAAAGAAUCUUAGAUUUGAAGCUACCAGUGUGUUCAUAUUCUAAUUGAAAAAUUCUAAUAAUGUGCAGAGACUUUCCAUAAUGCAUGGCUGGAAUCAAAACUAGUCUUGAAUUAAAGACACAAAUGACGGUUCUUUAUAAUGUUUAUUCUAAUGACAGCUCUAUAAUAAUAACGCUUUCAAAUGUUUAAUAGUUGUAUCUAUUUUGAAGCCAAUUAUAUAAAAUUAUCACUUAUUUUAUUUAUUAGGAAUUGCAUUUAACAUAUUUAAUUCAUGUUGCCAGAUUUUUCUGUAAUUGUGUAUAAUAUUAAAUAAGUAGGUUAUAUCAGCCAUUGCAUGUCUUAGACUAAUUUUAAUCACAAUCACCAUGGCUGGAGGAAGGCCUUUGGUAGCCUUGUUAGAUGGAAGAGAUUGCAGUGUGGAGAUGCCAAUUUUAAAAGAUAUAGCAACAGUAGCUUUCUGUGAUGCUCAAUCAACACAAGAAAUACAUGAAAAGGUGCUUAAUGAGGCUGUUGGUGCAUUGAUGUCACGCAUUCCUUUGACGAGAGAAGAUCUUGAAAAAUUCAAAGCCCUUCGUGUCAUAGUUUGUAUAGGGUCUGGAUAUGAUAAUGUUGAUAUAAAAGCUGCUGCUGAUAUGGGAGUGGCUGUGUGUAAUGUACCUGCUGCCACAGUUGAUGAAGUUGCCGACACAACAAUAUGUCACAUAUUGAAUUUAUAUAGAAGAGUAACUUGGUUACAUGAAUCAGUAAAGGAAGGCAGGCGACCACAGAACAGUGAAAAUGUAAGAGAAAUUGCUGCUGGAGCUACAAGAAUUCGUGGAGAAACGUUAGGAAUCAUAGGAUUAGGUCGGACGGGUACAGCAGUCGCACAAAGAGCAAAAGCUUUUGGGUUUAAUAUUCUAUUUUAUGAUCCAUAUUUAUCGGAUGGAAUUGGUAAAGCUCUCGGAUUUCAAGAUGUACCUACUUUGCAGGAUCUACUGUACCAGAGUGACUGCGUUUCAAUACAUUGCAAUCUCAAUGAACACAACAAUCAUUUAAUAAACGAUUUCACAAUCAAACAAAUGCGACACGGAGCGUUUCUUAUCAACACAGCACAAGGUUCCCUUGUAGAAGAACAUGCACUUGCUUCUGCACUUAAAAAUGGAAAUCUGAGAGGGGCAGCUCUUGAUGUACAGGAGAAUGAACCAUUUGCAUAUGAAAAUUCCCCUUUACGUGAUGCUCCUAACCUCAUUAUAACACCUCAUGCUGCUUGGUACAGUGAAAAGAGUUGGGUAGAACUAAGAGAAUCUGCUGCUGCUGAGAUCAGGCGUGCCAUAACAGGUCGAAUUCCUGAUAAUCUACGAAAUUGCGUCAACAAAGAAUAUUUUCCAUCCUCUGGUUCAAUGUCUGGCUCAGGAAUGCAUAGCGCUCCACCAUGGCCAAUUGAACCAUCUAUCCAUCCUGUCCCGAGCAUACCGGUACCAACAGCACACCAUGAAACUAACGGCAACUCUUUCCGUUACGGCAUACCCCCAGCUGGAGUUCCAGUUCCAGCACCAUUGGCUGCAAUAAAUGAUGGAGUAACCCCGGAUGGACCAUCUAGGGCACAAAUAAAUCAAAUUCCUGGUGCUAUGGUUAUGCCUAGGGCUGCAUCAGCUUCACCGAUUGUUUCCGGGCAGUCGCCUGCCCCUCCUCCGGUGUCUAAAAUGGAUGGCCAAGCGGAUUCAACAAUGAAAGAGUAGAGGUACAGGCCUAUUUAGAAGGGGAAUCUACUAUAAUAUAAAUGAAGAUUUCAUUUGCAUGAUAAUAAUGAAUGCACAACAUGAACGGACAUUUAUCUACACUUCCACUGGGCUCUUAAGCUAUCAAGGUGCUUUUAAACAUGCACUAGAUCGCUUUUGAAAAGUAACCUACAUCUGAACUCGCAAUAUUAAGAUAUUUCUCAAGGAUCUCUCUGCUUAGGAAGCUGUACAAAAGACACUGUACAAGGUCAUGCAUGCUGUAUACUGAUGCGUCGUCAUAAACUGCAUACACAUUUUCUAAUUCAUGUUGAGUUGUGUUUUUUCAAUUAUUUUCACCAAACAUAUGCUAAACGUUUCAACUAUAUUCGCGCUGUUCUGUCUUGUAGUUUUUGGGUUCAGCGGAAACAUAUUUUUGCAUAUUCAUAGUCACAAAGUAAACUGGAUCAUUUGUGAUUUUGGAUACCAUUAUUUUUCGUAUUGCUAUACCAAUAGACUGGGAAAUUGACUAAAAAAUGCUAGUAUAGUCAGUUAAAGGGAGAUGGACAUUGCUGUUGUAGCAUGCUACCUUUCGGUUUACUUAAAUUUCAUCCUUAAGUAUUUUCUUUGAAAAAUUGGGGCGUGAUGCCACUGGAAUAUAUAUAAGGACUGAAAACGCAUUCUUUAGUGAGGUCUUAUGUUAUAUCCAGUUUUGACUGGUUCAAUGAAUGAGUUUUUGUGUCUUAAGCAAACAUGAUACUGAUCAUUAGGUACAGCAGGUAGGGUAAAAAAAGUAUCAUUGUCAAGUUGAAAUUUUUUGAUUUUUGAUGCAUUCAUUCGAAUGAAUUGAAAUGCCUUGUUUGUUUUGUGCAGUGGUCUCAAAAUAUGUAAUGUUCAUUAAGGGAUAUUUUGCAUGUUUUUUCAUUUUAUUGUGUUCCAAUUUGAAUUGCUCAUUACAACCAAUACCGGCAAGUCUCUAAGAUCGCUCAUUGUAUAGACGAAGCUUUUCUAAUAAAUGAUAAAGAAAUGAA